AUGGCAAGAACCCGAGGAGCUAAGUCCUCGUCUUUGUCAAGCCGCAAGAGAGCCACAACAAAGACCCCUGUUCAAGGCUCCACAUCCGAGCCUCUACGACCACUAGUCAUCCCACCUCCGGUUGAAGCCGUACCAUUGAGUCCUCCGGUAAGGCGCUAUCAGACAAGGUCCGGUGGUCUUCCCCUAAAGAAGAAAGCCAAGGUAUCAGACUCAGAGCCAAUUGACUUAACGGAGCCAUCUCCGGAGUCGUCUCCGGAGCCGUCUUCAGAGCCUCCAGCAGAGCCUCAGCCGUCUCAGCCACCACCCACAGAGUCUCAGAUUCCCUCAGGCAUGACUCCUGAGGUACUUAUCAAGCGUCCCAUGGUCACUCAGUCGCCCAUUUAG